UAAUCCCUCAGCCCUGUCUCUUGUGUUGAUGCUCUUUAUAUACAGAGUAGAAACUUCAGACGAGAAUUUUAAGGCCACAAAUGAAUUUAAAGAUAUCUUGUUGAGAGGUCCGGACACCAUUGUUUGGAUAUAAACUUCAGUUUGAUCUGGUCUGGAGUGAUAAUUGAAGACAAGAUCUAACAGGACUCUGGAGUCACCAGCCACACCACCACGACUUCUAAAACCAGGAACUGAGACAAACACACAUUCCUACAGAGAGAAAUUCCAUCUUGUGCUAAUUCAUAUUCAGAACACUGCUUAAAACUAGCAAGAUAAGGAUAAGCUGGACUGAGUAACCUGCACUGCAAAGUGGGGGAAUUUGUGAUGUUUGAUGUUAACACCACUAUUCAUUAUUCAUUUUAAAAGACAGUAAAUGAACACAGUCACUAACCUAUGACUGAUACUAGUUGUUUAGCAUAUUUAGGGUAAUUAACUCAUCAUGGUUUACUAAAAGAUCAAAUUGGCAGUUUUUUGUGAUCUGAAAUUUAACACCAGACUGCACUUAACUAACAAGCCAAACGAAAACCUUAUAUCUGCUGUAAAAUUAACAAUUAGCCUAGCAGGCCGAGUAAGCCAAGAUGGCUGACCCCUACCAAAAUAACAUGUACCAGCAAGGAGGGGGUGACAGCUAUGGGACUUAUGGAGAAGGUGUUGGCCAUGAUGGAUACGGUUACCGGGAAGACUACCCUCCUCAAGAAGAGGACGCAGCGAGCGACGUGACCGAAGGACACGAUGAAGAGGAUCAGAUGUACGAAGGAGAAUAUCAAGGGAUACCACAUCCUGACGAGGUGAAGGCUGCACAGAGAGCUGCACGGACUAAAGCUCGAUCAGCCGGCAGUGCGGUCUCUGAACUACAAGAGUUAUCUGAACAAUAUGAAGACAUCAUGGAGGACUGUGGCCACGGGAAGUUCCAGUGGACACUGUUUGUGGUGCUGGGCCUGGCUCUGAUGGCUGAUGGAGUUGAAUGUUUUGUGGUUGCGUUUGUUCUACCAUCUGCAGAAAAGGAUCUGUGUCUCUCCAAUGCAGAGAAAGGAAUGUUGGGUCUGAUGGUCUUCCUGAGCAUGAUGUUGGGAGCAUUCCUGUGGGGCGGUCUGGCAGACAAACUUGGCCGGCGGCGCUGUCUCAUUGUGGCAUUAGCAAUAAACUGUGUCUUUGCCUUCUUGUCUUCGUUCGCCCAGGGCUAUGGAUUUUUCCUCUUCUUCAGGCUGCUGUCUGGCAUUGGUAUUGGUGGCACGGUGCCAAUUGUGUACUCAUACUUCUCCGAGUUUCUUCAGAUGGACAAGAGAGGAGAGCAUCUGUCCUGGUUGUGUAUGUUCUGGAUGAUCGGGGGGAUCUACGCUUCGUUCACUGCCUGGGGAAUCAUACCCAGAUACGGCUGGGGGUUCAGUAUGGGCACAGAGUUCCAGUUCCACAGCUGGAGGGUGUUUGUCCUGGUUGCGGCUCUUCCUGCUAUCGCCUCUCUGGUUGGACUCACCUUCAUGCCUGAGAGUCCUCGCUUUCUCCUGGAGAAUGCAAAGCAUGAUGAGGCAUGGAUGAUCCUUAAGCAGGUCCAUGACACCAACUGGAGGGCCAAGGGACAGCCAGAAAAAGUCUUUACUGUGACUCACAUCAAGGCUCCUAAGACAGCAGAGGAUGAGUUUAUUGAGAUUCAGAGUGCUACAGGAACAGCUGUACAACGAUGGGCUGUACGCUCACUAACACUCUGUAAACUGGUGCUGAGGAAUGUAGCAUCACUCCUGUCUGCAGAACUGAGGUUCGCUACACUCUUCAUGGCCAUCAUCUGGUUCUGCAUGGCUUUCAGUUACUAUGGUCUGUCUGUUUGGUUCCCUGACAUGAUCAAACACCUUCAGUAUGAGGAAUACGAGUCCAAGGUCAAGGUGUUCCAUAGAGAACGAGUGAAGAACUUCCAUUUUAAUUUUUCUUUAGAGAACCAGAUUCAUAAAGAAGGGGAAUACAUCAAUGACAAGUUCAUCAGUAUAGAGAUGAAGUCAGUGAAGUUUGAGAACUCACUGUUUGAAGACUGUCACUUUGAAGACAUCAAGUCCACAGACACUGUGUUUGAGAACUGCACCAUCCAUUCCACUGUCUUCUAUAAUACAGACCUGUGGGAGGAGAAUUUCAUUGAUUGCAGGAUAGAGAACACCACCUUUGAGCACAAUAAACAUGGCUGCCAUCUGGACACUGUUGAGGAGAAUGAUGUCCUCAUUUACCUGGUCAGCUUCCUUGGCAGUCUGGCUGUGUUGCCAGGCAACAUCAUCUCUGCUCUCUUCAUGGAGAAGAUUGGCAGGGUCAAGAUUAUAGGUGGCUCCAUGCUCAUCUCAGCGGGCUGUACCUUCUUCCUGUUUCUGAGCUUCAGCCAGGCAGCGAUCAUUGCCUUGCAGUGUCUGUUCUGUGGCGUCAGUGUAGCUGCAUGGAACGGCAUCGAGGUGGUGACUGUAGAGCUGUACCCUACUUCUAAAAGGGCCACAGCAUUUGGCGUGCUGAACGCUCUGUGUAAGCUGGCAGCGGUGCUUGGCAGCUCCAUCUUCGCCAGCUUCGUGGGUAUCACCAAAGCCAUCCCUAUCCUGCUGUCCUUUGCUGCAUUAGUGUGUGGUGGCCUGGUGGCCCUUAAACUGCCUGACACACGAGAGAAAAUCCUCCAGUGAGGUGAUGUGAGAUCUGGAGGUGGGAGCCAUAAGGGGAGGGAGAGGCCAAAACAUACAGUAUGUGCUUAAUGUUGGAAGCUUUCUGAAUUGAUUUUGACUUCACUCUGCAUUUUAAAGAAAGCAAGAAUGGAAACAGCUUAAAUGUAAAAUGCCAAGCUCUAAUUUUUUAAGCAAAGUCUUUUCAUUUUGUACAGGUUUGUGGCAGGUAUACACAACUGUCAGUGUUCAACUGGAAACUGAGAAUUUGUUUUCUGUUAAAGAAAGUGUUGUUCUUUAAUGAUGAAUGACUUUACUAAGGUACACUGGAUUUACUAACCUCAUGUUUAUGAUGUGAGUGAAGAAUAUUAUUUUUGUGUCUAACUUAAGGCGUAAAUCAGAUGAUCUAACUGGCUGUCACAUCCUGUGCUUCUUGUUUUGUUGGGGUUUUUUUUUGGCCAGUGGUUCCAUGCAUGAUAGGGACUGAUUCAGAUCCUGGCCAAAUGUUCUCUGUGACACUUUUUAGGCUUGAUGUAGCAAAGGAAGACAAAACAGGACAAAAAAGAUUCAUACUGAUAUCUGGAUUUCAGAAAUCUCUAUUUUGCAUAUUUCAGGGCUGUACACAGUUAAAAAUGUGCGGAUAUCAAUAGAGCGCAAAAAAUGCAAACACUGUGUUGGACUCCUCAGUGCAGAAUGAGGUGUGCAUACUGGCUCAUCAUAUAUGUAGGUCACUCUUACAGGUGCACCUGGUCAGGAAAGGACAAGAAUUUCCAGAUAGAAGCUCACACACACUUUUCAAUCAAUUCCUUAAUAGGGGAUAUCCAAACGAAGUCUUGGAUCAGGCAUUUGUUAAGGCCUAUGUUAGAAACAGAAAUUAAUUACUGACCAAAAGUAAAUCUCAAAAGUCCAAAACCUUCUCUUGUGUAUUCAACACUACCUGUUCACCACUUGGGCAUGACAUAUGCAGUGUUAUGAGAAAACAGUGGAAUAUUCUAUCUAGGGUAGUCCAUCAACAUGGUUAAGGAAAUCUGCACUUAAUUGAAAUUGUUUGAGAUGAUUUGAGCUUUGUGACAAUGCGAGUUAUCCUGGUGGAGGUAGCCUUUAAAAGAUGGGCACACUGUGGUCAUAAAGGGAUGGACACAGUCAGCAGCAAUACUCAGGUAGGCUGUGGCGUUUAAAU